AUGCUUCCCCCUAUAAUGGUCUAUACGUGGACAUUUGCUGCAGCUACACCUUCUUUUCAUUGUCGUACACCAGCAGAUGAUAUAUCUGACGUUACACUUAUAGAUGAUAUUCGUCAUCAUUAUAUUCCAAGUGAAUCUCAGUGUCGUCAAUAUAAAAAAGCAAUAUCUAUUAGUGAAUGUCAAAAAUGUUUUCAAUUAACAAACGGAAGUUUUGAGAAUAAUGGUGGAAUGAAACCUUGUACAAGUUUUGUUUUCGACCGAACAUAUUAUGAAUCAACGCUUGUAGAAGAGUGGUUCAUGGUUUGCAGUCGUGUAUCUCUUAAAAGUUUUGCUCAAAUUAUAUUUUUUUUUGGUUAUAUGGUUGGUUCAAUUGUAUUUGGUAUUCUAUCAGAUAAAUUUGGUCGACGACCGGUUAUGGGUGCAUCAUUUAUAGUAAUAACACUUGCUGCAUUUAUGUGUGCACUUGCACCUCAUCCAAAACUUACUUUUGAAAUAAGUUAUGCAUUAUUUAUAUUUGGUCGAUUUUUACUUGCUUGUGGUACACGUGGUGUUGCUCUUACUGGUUUUGUUAUCGGUGCAGAAAUUGUCGGACCAAAACAACGUUUAUUCACUGGAAUUGUUAUUGAAUAUUUUUUUGCUGGUGGUGAAUUAAUUCUUUUAGGAUUUGCUUAUUUGAUUCGAACAUGGCGAUCAUUAAAUAUGGCUUUAGCUAUAAUAUCAAUACCUUUUCUCCUCUUUUAUUUUAUACUUCCAGAAAGUCCACGUUGGCUUAUUUCUAAUGGUCAUUAUGAGCAUGCCGAACGAAUUCUUCGUCGUAUUGGAAAAAGAAAUAAAAAGGAUUUUGAUUCAGUUGCAUAUCAAAAGUUGAUUCAAACAGAACAGGAAUUAAAAGCAUUAAGUCCACAUACAAAGCAUGGUUUACGAAGUUUAUUUCGAUCCAAAAUUAUGAUUAUCAUUGCAAUUAAUAUGUCAUUUCAAUGGUUUGUACAAAAUCUUGUUUUCUAUGGAGUUUCACAAAAUACUGGAGCAUGGAUGUCUAACCCAUAUAUAGCAUUUGGCGCAGGUGCUCUUGUAGAAAUUGUUGCCUAUUGUGUUGUGCAUCUUGUACUUGAUCGAUGGGGACGUAAAUUAACAUUUUGUGCAUUUGUAUUUACUUUUGGAAUUGUUGCAUACUUAGUUGUACCUGUUCAAAUGCUAAUGAAAAAAAAUAGUCUAGCACAAGAGAAUCUAAUGUUUAUUAUCAAUGUUGUUUUAAAAUUUCUAGCAGCAGGAUCAUAUGCUAUUAUAUAUAUAUAUGCAAAUGAAUUAUUUCCUACACAAUGUCGAAAUUCAUGCAUGGGACUUUGUUCAAUGAUUGCUCGAUUUGGUGCUAUUAUUGGAACGUUAUCAAAUGAUCUUUUAGCUCGAAUAUGGAUUCAUUUUCCAGUUGUAUUUUUUGGUACUACAUCUCUUCUUGCUGUAGCUUUUGCAACACUUUGUCCUGAGACCGCGAAUAAACCAUUACCUCAAACAAUUGAGGAUAUUGAUCGAAUAGGUCUUAGUUGGCCAUGUUGGAAACCAAAAUCAUCGAAACAUGUAGAAGCUAAUGGUUCAAGUUAUAAUGAUGAACAUAUAUCAUUAAAACAUGCAGAAAAUAAUGGUUCAAGUGGUAUUGAGGAUCCAGUGAGCCAAUCUUCAUGA